UGAAACGCAGUCUAGCAGAAAAAGCUCAAGAAAAAAGACCCAAGGAAACCGAGGAACUAUGGGUGAUGUUAAUAUCAACCUCCAGUGCGCCGAGUGCUCCCAUCCCCGAGGAGUCCUCUACUACGCAAAUCCUUUGGCCUGGGGACGUCCUUGCCGUCAAUGCCGCAGGAUGAUGUCCAAGAACGUUGUGGUGGUGCCCACCCAGGUCGGAGUUCCUGUUGCCACCACUAACCCCACCAUCACCGCCACCGCCACCACCACCACAACCACAAUCCCCGUCACGGUUUCUACCUACUAAACCAGAAGGUUCACAGGAUGUUGCAAUCCGAAGAAGUUUGCAGUCGCCUUAAUCAAUUAAAGUAUAUAAAUAAAGCACAACUUCAAAAC